UUGAAGAUUGGAGAAGAGGCAGCGAGAGGCGUGUCUGUGUUCACCAGUUCGAUUUGAGACCCUCGCGUCUCUAUUCUCACUCAUCUGACAGCGGGGUUAAGAAAUCAUCUGGACACACAGCACCAACUCUGUGGUUUGGAGUUUUUAUUCCAAUGGAUACUGUAAGAGCAGCGUCUUUGGCAAAAUGCUGCCAUGUCACUAAUGAACACGUGGGAACUGUACAACAGGAGGAGAUGUACAGUGAUCAUGGAGGCCACUGAGAGAAUGACAACGAAGCAAGACUGCAUCUACUCCACUGUCAACAGGUUUAAGAAGGGCUGCCUUGGUGGGAGAAGCGGUAUCCCUAUUACUUCAGUGGAAAACAAGGGAGCUGGGCAAAGAAAGGAGUUUGGGUCGAAGCUUCCCUUCACAACAUUGGACAACCUGAGCAACCAGAGGGAAGAAUCCCCCAUGAUGGCUCACAGGAGGACGAACGUCGAUGCCCAUGGCAAUGAGAACACGGUGCUGGUUGGCAACAAGCUUCCCAGAGCCAAUGGUGGCAAGAUUAAGGACAAAAUUUCGCUGUGGGAGGGAAAGGAACCCGCCCAUUCACCUAUUACCUCAAGUUCUUCGGGCCAGUGCGCUGCUGUAAGGAGGACAGAAUCCCAGACAAAAAGCAAUAAUAAAACUUCUCAUGAGCUGAGUGUGGAGAGUUGCAGCAGAGUGGCCCAGAUGGAAAAGGAAAAUCUUGGGGAUUCAAGGCCUUGUUCACCCGCUGAAACCGGUAAACAGCUCAGGGGGACACUCAAGAGCAGUAAACCCUCUGAAAACCAACGAGAGGAGGAUGGCAAAAGAGCGGCUCACGCCGAAAGCCAAGAUCACGAGAAAGAGAACGUAGAAAAGCUUGGACAUUCAAGGCCGUGUUCGCCAGUGCUGGUGACGCAGCAGGCGGGGCUGUUGAGGAGAGACAGUGACAAGAGGGCGGCAGAACAAACCAGCCAGGAGAAGAGAGCGGUAUUCAGCCUCUUUAAAAAGCUGGAGGCUAUGGGGGAGAACCACGGGAAGUCGCCCCCCGAGCUCGGGAAUUACUUCAGCCCGCCGAGCAAGGACAAACAGGUAGAGGUGAAGAGGAAAGAAUCUGAAUCUGUCAGAAAUGGGAAGCAGCACCAGGAGAACGUGUACACAGAGCCGGGAGCGCUCCCGAUCAACCCGGUCCCCAAACCCAGACGCACCUUCCAGCAUCCAGCUGUCGUCCCCACGGGGAAGAGUCAGAGGCAGGGCAGAGGGCAGAGGAACCUUCCCCCACUGCCCUCCAUCUCCACAAGACCUUCCUCAAAACUCCCUCCUGGUGUCCAGGGGAGACCCAGGCCCGGCAGAGUCCAAGACAACAUCAACAGGAAAUCCUUUGAGUUUGAAGACCUUGCGGGGUCGACCGGGCCGCCCUUCUCUCGUUCACAAGCGCAGGAACAUCAUUAUGAAGACAUCCUGGAUUUGUCCAAGGAGAACCCGUAUGAGGACGUAGAGUUGGAGAGUCAGUGCUCCCAGCAGUCUUUGCCUUCCUCUCCUGGUGCCGAUACUUCCAAGGCCUCGAGGCCGGGCUUCUUCAGGCAGAAUUCCGGCAGGAGCUUUAAGCUGCUAGACUUGCGGAGAACCCACCAGCGGAGCCACAGUGCCAGCAGUGGGGGCAUCUCCUCCCCACCCCGGCUCAGCCCUCCCUCCACCCCCACUGGUCCGGAACACCCCUCCUGGCUGCCUGGGGAACCCUACAGCCGCACCUGCCGCAGGAUACCAACGCUUGUGCUGAGGAUCAACAGCAUCUUUGAAGCUCGAAUCGGAAAGAAACAUCUGCGAAGGAUCUACCAUUAUGCCGAGACAAGUUCAGGAAGAGUUACAGAUGACAACAGCGACUCAGAGAGUGAAGUUGAGGAAAGAGCAAAAGCUCACCGCCAACGCCUCGUGUCCGUUCAGUCCAUACUGAGCCAGCCCAGCCAGAGCCAGGUCCACUACAGUGGCACCAACAACAGGAACAGCUCGCUGGAUAAGGAGCCGCACCAGCGCAAACUCUUUGAAUAUUUCCUGGUUGUGUCACUGCAGAAGUCAAAGGCUGGGGCCCACUAUCAGCCGGAGGUCACACAGCAGUUCCCCCCUAAGUUGGAGCGAAGCUUCAAGUUCAUGAGGGAGACAGAGGACCAGCUGAGGAUCAUUCCUCAGUUCUGCUUCCCUGAUGCUAAAGACUGGGAGUCUGUGGACAACUACCCAAGUGAGAUGUUCUCCUUUGUUUUGACCGGAGAGGAUGGCAGCAGGAGGUUCGGAUACUGUCGGCGUUUACUGCCCAGUGGAAAAGGCAAACGUCUGCCAGAGGUCUAUUGUAUCGUCAGUCACCUCGGCUGUUUCAACCUCUUCUCCAAGGUGUUGGAUGAGGUGGAGAGGAGGAGGGCUCUGUCUCCGGCCCUGGUGCAACCCUUCAUGAGAGCCAUCAUGGAAGCCCAGUUUCCAGCUCCGGGCAGAACCAUCACCAUCAAAACGUUCCUGCCUGGCUCGGGGACUGAGGCGAUGGAGCUCUGUCGCCCCGCUGACUCCCGCCUGGAGCACGUGGACUUUGAAUGUCUGUUCUCCUGUUUGAGUCUGCGGCUGCUGCUCCGGGUGUUUGGCUCUCUGCUGCUGGAGCGGCGGGUCAUCUUCACCGCAGACAAACUCAGUACGCUCUCCCAGUGCUGCCACGCGGUGGUGGCACUGCUGUACCCCUUUGUGUGGCAGCACACGUACAUCCCCGUGCUGCCCUCGGCUAUGCUCGACAUCGUCUGCACUCCGACCCCGUUCAUCGUCGGCCUGUUGUCCAGCUGCCUGCCCCAGCUCACUGAACUGCCCCUGGAGGAGGUUCUGGUUGUGGAUCUAGGAAACAGUCGAUUUCUCAGACAGUUGGAUGACGAGGACUCCAUCUUGCCGUCCAAGCUUCAGUCGGCCCUGGAGAAUGUUCUGGAGAGGAGACGAGAGCUUGCUAAUGAGAGAGGAGGAGACACACCCAGUGACUCUGGUCAGCUUAGCGCCGUUGUGCCCGAGGCCUUUGUCCGUUUCUUCGUGGAGCUGGUGGGCCACUAUCCACUCUUCAUCGUCGGCGAGCGGGAAGACGGCUACUCCUCGUCGUCCUCCUCCCCGGGCCCCUGCUCCUUCCAGCGGGAGGGUUUCCGCAAAGCCAUCCCGUCCAAGGCCGUGCGCCGCUUCCUGGAGGUCUUCAUGGAGACCCAGAUGUUCGGCUGGUUCAUCCAGGAGCGGGAGCUCCACAGGCGAGCCCUGAAAGGACUGUUUGAAGUGAGGGUGCAGGAGUACCUGGACUCCAUCCACGAGAAUGAACACCGAAGGGUUAACAGGUUUCUCAAAGGCUUGGGAAACAAAAUGAAAUUUCUCUCCAAGAAAUAAUGCGUCCGCAACUACAAAUGAGCACUGAAACAAGAAAAGACUUCAAGGACUGCAGGAGUCUGACAUGAACAUGCUAAUUUAAGUACCUUUUUUCUCCCCCCAGACACUUGUCAGUGCCGUCCUCAUCCUCAUCUGUGUUAAUGACAGAGACCCUUUUUUUUUUUUACUCUUGUAUCAUGUUGCUGCUGUAUUUCAUAUAAAGGAAAGAACUUGUGACUGCAUGCUCGAGACAGAAAUAUCUAAUAGCUUCCUGGUUCGUUCAUUGUCACAUGACAUUCUGCGGGACAUUCGUGAGCAGGAAUAAAAUAUAAAAUAAA